AUGGCACUGAGUCAAGCUUCAAUCGCGUCGUCUUCGUCGGCCUUCUUCGCUCAGACCGCCUUGGAUUUCAAGGCGCAGACCGUCGCGGUUCCCGCCAAAACCGUCGGCGUCUGCAAAUGCGUCGCCGCUCCGGAGAAGACAGAGUACAAGACUCAGGUGAAUCGCAAUGCCAACAUGGCCAAGCUUCAAGCCGGUUAUCUUUUUCCAGAGAUUGCGAGGAGGAGGAAUGCGCACUUGCAGAAGCACCCUGAUGCGAAGAUAAUUCCACUUGGAAUUGGAGAUACUACCGAGCCAAUUCCAGAAUAUAUAACCUCUGCAAUGGCAAAGAGAGCACUUGCCAUGUCCACCCUAGAGGGUUACAGUGGUUAUGGACCUGAACAAGGUGAAAAGCCACUGAGAGUUGCAAUUGCUAAAACGUUUUAUGGCGACCUUGGCAUAGAGGAAGAUGACAUAUUUGUUUCUGAUGGGGCAAAAUGUGACAUAUCCCGCCUUCAGGUUCUUUUUGGGGCGGAUAAAACAAUAGCAGUGCAAGAUCCAUCGUAUCCGGCUUAUGUAGAUUCAAGUGUUAUUAUGGGCCAGACAGGACAGUAUCAGAAAUCUGUUGAGAAGUUUGGAAACAUCGAGUACAUGAGGUGUACUCCCGAUAAUGGAUUUUUUCCUGAUCUGUCCUCUACUAAGCGAACAGAUAUCAUAUUUUUCUGUUCACCAAACAAUCCUACUGGUUCUGCUGCAACAAGGGAGCAACUGACACAACUUGUAAAGUUUGCCAAGGAUAAUGGUUCAAUCAUAGUCUAUGAUUCUGCAUAUGCCAUGUAUAUGUCAGAUGAUAAUCCACGCUCCAUCUUUGAAAUCCCUGGAGCUAAAGAUGUUGCACUUGAGACAUCAUCAUUUAGUAAGUAUGCCGGAUUCACUGGAGUUCGUUUGGGGUGGACUGUGGUUCCAAAGCAGUUGCAGUAUUCAGAUGGUUUUCCAGUUGCCAAGGAUUUCAACCGCAUUGUUUGUACUUGCUUCAAUGGUGCAUCCACUAUUGUCCAAGCUGGUGGUCUGGCUUGCCUUCAACCAGAGGGUCUUAAGGCUAUGCACGGUGUGAUAAAUUUCUACAAAGAAAAUACUAAGAUCAUAAUGGAGACAUUUAACUCUCUUGGCUUUAACGUGUAUGGAGGGACGAAUGCUCCAUAUGUGUGGGUUCACUUCCCCGGACAAAGCUCCUGGGAUGUGUUUGCUGAGAUCCUUGAGAAGACUCAUGUGGUAACCACACCUGGAAGUGGCUUUGGACCUGGUGGUGAAGGUUUCAUCAGGGUCAGUGCCUUUGGACACAGGGAAAAUAUAUUAGAAGCAUGCAAAAGAUUCAAGCAAUUAUACAAGUGAGGACUGGGGAUCUGAAUUGUAGACCAGUUUCUGCUGCAUGCUAGUUGAACCUAUUUGCCUCCCAUUUCCGUUCUAUGCUAAAUAUUUUAGCACGUUCCAAUUCCUUAUUCAGUUUGUCGGCUUUAGUUUAUGAAUUAUGGAGAUUUUAGCUGUUGUGAAAAUGAUUCGAUCAGCCUUGUUUUCAUGUGUUACACACUUAAUUGCUGUAACAUUUCUAAGGAUCAGAAGCUUUGAUUCUGUUUGCUAGAAUAGUAUAAUUUUACCUAAAUAAAGUUGUUGAUCUUUCUUGGCCUGCAAAUCAGUUGUGAAUCGACUCCUGUUCAAUAAUCACAAUAUAUUUUGCUA